GGAACAUUGGUCCCUGAUAAGCAAGCUGGAUUGAUGAGUCACUGGGCACACAUGUGGACAAUUUCAGUGACUUGCUAAUACCACUGAUGGCUCACGAAUUGUUCUGACAAAGCAGAUCUUAGAGCUCUGUUGUGGAUCAUUUAGACUUUUCUGUCCACCCCAUUUAAGUCUGUUUUGUUUAUUUUGUGUUGUUGUAAGAUUAAACCCAGAUUGGACUGUCUAGAAUUUUGAUCCAAGUGGCCCAUGUUUGGAUGAUGUUUGAUUAAGUCAUUGGUCUGAAACGUUCUAAACCAUAAACCAUUUUUUUGGAGGUAAAAUAUCAAAGGUUGGAGGUUGAAAAUGGACAGUGGGUUUGCCAGCGCCGGGAAUCAGCUUCCCCAUGUGGACAUUCAUGUCAAUGAGCAUGAACCUCGUAGAGGAAUUCUGGACCUCCUCAGCAGACUCCGUCCUCAUUGGAAGGCAAAGGACAUUCAGCUGAAGACAUUCACAGAAGGCCUCACCAACCAGUUGAUUGGCUGCUACGUGGGCUCUCUGCAAGAGCCUGGCUGUGUUCUGGUGCGACUGUACGGCAGAAUGACAGAGCUCUAUUUGAAUAGGGACCGGGAGAUGGAGAUGUUCCAGGUCUUCCAUGCUCACGGGUGUGGUCCACAGAUCUACUGUAGCUUCCAGAAUGGCAUCUGCUACGAGUUUGUUACAGGAGCAGUGCUGGAUGAUGAGAUGCUCCGGCAACCAUCCAUCUACAGAUUGAUCGCAGCAGAGAUGGGGAGAAUCCACUCUAUCCAGCCAAAAUGUGGUCUCCCUGUUGAACCUCUACUCUGGACAAAAAUGUCCCACUUUCUCACACUGGUGCAGAGCAGUAUCAACAGCAGCCCAGAUGAGCAGUGGCAUGCAAAAAGCCCUGCGGCUCUACGAGAGGUGCCCAACUUUGAGACUUUGUCGGUUGAAAUGGAGUCAUUGAAGAGACACCUCUCUCAUAUUGACUCGCCAAUUGUCCUCUGCCACAACGACCUUCUGACAAAAAACAUAAUCUACAACCACAAAGAGGGAAUGGUGAAAUUCAUUGACUACGAAUAUGCCGAUUACAACUACCAGGCCUUCGAUAUUGGCAAUCACUUCAAUGAAUUUGCUGGUGUAAAUGAUAUUAACUGCAGCCUCUACCCAAGCCGUGAGCUGCAGAGGGACUGGCUGAUGGCCUAUCUGGAGAGUUACAAGCAAAGCACAGGGCAUGAGGUCACUGUUACAGAGGCAGAAGUUACGCAGCUCUACAUUCAAGUCUGCAAAUUCUCACUGGCAUCCAACUUCUUCUGGGGUCUUUGGGCCAUCCUGCAAUCACAGUACUCCUCGAUUGACUUUGACUUCCAAAGAUCAGCGACAGGGCCCCUGCCUCAUUUCGAUCUGGACCUCGGAGGAAAUGUGAUCCAGAGGGGGGCCGAGGCACAGAGGCACUAUUGUUCCCAUACCGUCGGUCCUCCCUUACAUAUACGUCUCUCAUCCCUGGCUGGGCCACAUGCGCCUGCUAGACGUCUGUUCCUCUAAGCCGCCGGCUGAGGUUGUCCUAAAGUGCAUGAUAUUCCAUGGCACGACUCCGCUUCUACUUUGAGAAGAAAGAGGAAUAUUUUGGAUUGACAAUGAGUUAGAAACAGAAAAAUAAUGGACCAACAAUUUUGAAAUCAGAAGUAGCAUUACCUGCUCUGCAAGUCCAAAAAGAGUCCUUCUUUGCCACAUCCUACAAUACUAUGUAAAUCAAUUGUGGAAAUUAAGGCAUAGAAUAAGCUUAUAAAUGUGCUCCCCGUUGUUUGUUUUUUGAGGCAACAGUGUGAGUUAAUAUGUUUUGCUAUCAUUGUGAUUUUUAAAAUAUUUGUUUUACCACAGUCAGUAUGCCGAUAAGCCCAUUUGGCAAAUCGAGAUGAAGAUUGUGCCAGAAACACAUUAAUUGUUCCCACAUUUAGCCGAGUCACAAAAGCCACAAAAACUGAGCCUGAUCAUAAAACCCAUAAGAGGGUUAUUUGCAUGCUUAUUCAGUGUUUACCACAGUUCUGAUGGAAAACAAGUUUCCAUUUCAACUUAUGUACUGUACCAAGUAUUACAUUAUUUAAAAUCUUUCUCUUUCCCAAGGACUAUUGUUGUAAAGCUGCUUACAGGACGAUGACCAUACAGUAUAUAACAAAUUAAAAAAAUUCAUCAACAGUAUUUAAUUGCCAAAUAGUGUGUAAGGACACAUUCUGAAUUGAAUUUGUGGGGCAAUAUACAGUAUAAACCAUGUCACAAAUUGGUCCUAAUUUCAUUAGGUUGUGAAUUACGUAGUCAGACAUUUGUCCAAACUGCAAAGCAAUUUCAGCUCCCAAAAAUAAGCCCAAACUCACUGUAAAAGCAUCUCUGCAUACUGACUAACUGAAAAUGCUAUUAAUACACUUCUGUUUGGUUGCACCUCCAACAAACCCUUUUCACAGCGUUGAAGAAAAGCAAAUAGAACAGCAGCUUAUGGGUCUGUUAGAUUUACUGAUAUUUCACUAUAAUCGUGCUGAUUAUACCUUCACUUUUAAAUAAACUAACAUUCUCUCUGAUUAUCUCAUUGAAGCAAAGUGUAACUAUAUUCAUCUGUUUGCACAAUUUAUUUAAUUUUCAUUACUUUUUAUACUACAGCAUACAACAAUAGGUAGAUAGUGUACAUCACAUCAACAUACUACUGAUGAUGUGAUCACAUUGUCAUCUGUCCCAUUGAUGUGUUUAAAAUUCUUAUCAAUGCAGUAUGCAGUAAUAGACAAUGUACAGUAUAUAUACUGUAACAGUAUAAUUUAAUUUUAAUGUCUAGCUGAACUAACAAGAGAUUUGAGAUUUUUGACACAUAUGUUCUAUCCUCUGGUUGGCCUGUCAAGGGACAGCCACUGUAAAACAUCAUAUAGGAAUUAACUGGAAGCUUUUAUCAUUAAACCUGGAAUCGUAGGCUUACCUAAAUUUAAGUACUUGAAAUGAUGAGUUGAAUGAAUGUACUGUUAAGAGUUCACUGAGCUCAUUAAAAGUUUCUAAAGAAGCACCAUCAGCACAUUAGCAGAGUUCCAAGCAUGCAUUGUUUGAGAGUUAAAGCUCUCCAGAGUCUGUAGUUUGAAGAAAACAUUGAUGAUGUAACUUGCUGUGUUUUUAAUACAUGUUAAAAUAAGUUAAGGUUGUUUCCUUACAUAUUUUAUGCUAACUGCGAUGAAGGUUAGUGUUGAUUCGACUUAAUAUUAGAAAACGUUUUAACUCGGCCCAGCUGAUGCUACACAAGCACAUACUGGGAGAGUAUUUCAGUGGAGCCACUAUUGAGCUGUGCUGCACACAGUGCUAACGUUACUUGUUCAUGUAAAAAGGAAGUGGAUUUAGGGCAAGUAGUGAAAUUUGGGCAGAACAAUAAAAAGAACAGCUCUCGUCAAACAGGCAAUGAUUCUGUUCCCUUUUUUGUACCAAUGAGCCAUUAAAAAGAAUCUGAUCGUUCAUGAACAUAACAUCACUACUGUUGGAGGCCUUUUCCACCAUAGACAUUUUGACUUGUCAUAGGAGUAAAAACACAGGUAUACUUAAUAAGAUUAAGGAUGUCUCUAUUUCAUUCAGGUUGAUGUAGAUAUGCUAGGAAUCCAGCGUGCAUACCAAGCCCUAGAAUGUAAAUACAUUUAUAAAAUGUACUGUAGCCAUGUCAACAGUAUUUUUGUUGAAUAAAAUGGCUGCAAAGGAAGCCAUGUCUCUGAA